AUGAACCCACAAGGUCAGAGAAAUGUUCCUGAAAACGAAGCUAGGGAUUCCAAUCCUGCAAUGCAAAUAAGGGAAAUGAGCCAGGGUGCUGAUGGAAGCUAUGAAGAUAUAGAUGAAGGUAUUACUAACAACGAGGUUCUGAGGUAUAAUGGAGGUUUUGAUGAGGACAACAAGGUUCUGAGGGACAAUGUUGGUUUUGAUGAGGACAACGAGGUUCUGAGGGACAAUGUUGGUUUUGAUGAGGACAACAAGGUUCUGAGGGACAAUGUUGGUUUUGAUGAGGACAACGAGGUUCUGAGGGACAAUGUUGGUUUUGAUGAGGACAACGAGUUUCUGAGGGACAAUGUUGGUUUUGAUGAGGACAACGAGGUUCUGAGGGACAAUGUUGGUUUUGAUGAGGACAACGAGGUUCUGAGGGACAAUGUUGGUUUUGAUGAGGACAACGAGGUUCUGAGGGACAAUGUUGGUUUUGAUGAGGACAACGAGGUUCUGAGGGACAAUGUUGGUUUUGAUGAGGACAACGAGGUUCUGAGGGACAAUGUUGGUUUUGAUGAGGACAACGAGGUUCUGAGGGACAAUGUUGGUUUUGAUGAGGACAACGAGGUUCUGAGGGACAAUGUUGGUUUUGAUGAGGACAACGAGGUUCUGAGGGACAAUGUUGGUUUUGAUGAGGACAACAAGGUUCUGAGGGACAAUGUUGGUUUUGAUGAGGACAACGAGGUUCUGAGGGACAAUGUUGGUUUUGAUGAGGACAACGAGGUUCUGAGGGACAAUGAAGGUUUUGGGGACACUGGAGAUUUUAGACAGCACAUUGAAGAUGAUGAUGCUAUAAGGAAUGAUGGUGUAUCUUAUAGUUCAAUGAUGGAAGGGAAUGAAAACGUAACUGAUCAAGAGGAGAUAGAGCAACCUGAAGUAGAUGCAACUGUUAGUCCUGAAAAUAAAUCAAUUCCUUUAGCUGAAGGCUUGUCUCAAAAUGAAAUCCAGAAUGAUCAUGAGACAGAUCCAGAACCUGAAAAUACUACCCAGAGGUCUGAUAGCUCUGGAAUUAGAAAAAGAAGGCACAUGGCCUUAGAAGGUUGUAAUGCUGCUUCUACCACUGCUGCUGGUGUUGGACCUGCUGAAGACGGAGAUAAUGGCAUUAGAGCUAAAAAAAUUGAAUCUGACACAACAAUGAAAAAGCUGAUGGGAGGCACUCUUGAAAGGACAGAGGAAGUAGUACUUGCUGUGAGCUGCAGAGAAACAGACAGUAGACAAGGUGGUGGGGAUGAAUCCAAUUGUAUGGAAGCAGACUACAGUCCCCUAAGAGAAGUGACAAAUGAGGAAGAUCAAAAAGCUAAGGAAAAAAAGCUAGUAGCCCGGCAGAGCUGUAUAGACAUGGGAUAUCAAGACAGAAGGGUUAGUUGGGCGGAAGGAAAAUUUCAAAGAGAGCAUGGCGGAAGUGAUGACUACUCUGCAGUCGAUCUUGCCAAGUAUAUGGAAGAAAGGCAGGAUGAUGUUCCUGAUGCAUCACAUGACCCUGGACCAUCACAUGACCCUGGACCAUCACAUGACCCUGGACCAUCACAUGACCCUGAGCCAUCACAUGAUCCAAGCACAUCACAUGAUCUUGGACCAUCUCAUGUAACCAUGGCAACAGAAGAUGGUCAAUACAAAUUGACUGCUAAGUUGACAGAUUAUGGCUGUCCUAAUGAUGGGAGUCAUCACAUUAUUGAACUUGAAGGACUUUCCAUGGAUAGAAGUCAUUGUGGAUGUUAUCUAAAGGUGAUAGGGAUAGCUUCCAACAGUCCCUAACCAUGGCACCCUCAAACACAUUUUGUCUAUAACAGAUAACUGAUUUAAAAAAUGAAGGCCUGUAAUUAGCAGUUUAAAUGGGAUUAAGGGAAAGGAAUCUGAAGAAAAUGAUUUACACUAAAUGAGAGUGUGAAUUGUUUUCACUUAAAUGUUAUAAAGCCUGAACUUGUGACAAGCUAUAAAGCAUUGCUGGGAGGGAUUUUAAGUAAUUUGAUAUGACAUAACAAAGAAUGUUUUCUGAUUUUUUAUGCUCCCCGAAAAAAUUUCGGGGGAGCAUAUAGUCGCCGCCUUGUCCGUCCGUCUUUGCGUCCGUCCGUCCGUCCCCUUUUCUUGUCCGGGACAUAACUUUGAAACAACAAGAGGUAUCAACAUGAAACUUUGUAGGUAGAUAGAUCUCAUUGAGUAGGUGUGCAGUGCACAAGAACCGUAACUCUGCCUUGCCUAAUUUUUGAAUUAUCCCCCUUUGUUUAUUUUACACUUUGAACUUUGUCCGGGACAUAACUCUAAAAGUAUAAGAGGUAUCAACAUGAAACUUUGUAGGUAGAUAGAUCUCAUUGAGUAGGUGUGCAGUGCACAAGAACCGUAACUCUGCCUUGCCUAAUUUUUUGAAUUACCCCCCUUUGUUUAUUUUACACUUUG